AUGGAAACUCCACAAGUGUCAGCAUCGAAUCCGCCCUUAUUGAUUUUACAAUCUGCAGCGCAAGUGGAACAGUUGAGGCAGGGUGAUGCUACAAGAUUUGCUUUUUCAGCGCAUCAAACAGUCGGUCUUGACAGCUUGGAAAAGAUUGUCAACAUGGUGGUAACCAAUGAUGUUCCCUUGGAGGAUAUCGUUCAAUCGGUCUCUUGGCUUGAGAAUCUGGGAGGAAAGAAUUUGAGUACAGGACAAGUUGUCUACAAAGCAGACGAAGAGGAUGAAGAAACCAGGUGA